GGCCCGGCGGCCCGCUUGCAGGAGGAGGUCGGCCCGCCCGCAGCCCGCCUUCCCGCUCCGAGCCGGCCCCGCAGGCCUCGGCGGCCGAGGCGGGAGCGGUGCGGGGCGGUGCGGGCAUGCCGCCGGCGGCGCUGUAGCGCGGACCGGUCCGCGGCUCCACCUCCUCCUCCUCCCCCCUCCGCGGCGGGGUGGGCUCGGCCGCGGCAGCCGGGGUGCUGUGCCCUGCCCGGUGUGUGCCAUGGACUGGCAGGUGCUGACCAGGGAGCUCUCCCUCUACCUGGAGAGCCAGGUCCGCGUGGGGCUCUUCGGCUCCGGCGUGGGCUUGUCGCUGGUGCUGGGCUUCGGCGUCGCCUACGCCUGCUACUAUCUCAGCAGCAUCGCCAAGAAACCCCAGCUGGUGGCCAGCAACGACCGUUUCUGCCGCUUUCUCGAGGAAUAUUGCCCUGUUGUGACAGAAACUUACUAUCCCACGAUUUGGUGCUGGGAAGGCCGGGUGCAGACACUCCUGCGUCCCUUUAUCACCGCUAGACCCCAAGUACAGUACAGGAAUGAGCUCAUUAAAACAGCAGAUGGAGGACAGAUUUCGUUGGAUUGGUUUGAUAAUAAUGACAGCUUAUAUUAUCCGGACGCCAGCACAAGACCCACUGUCCUGUUAUUGCCUGGCCUGACAGGAACGAGCAAGGAAUCCUACAUUCUUCACAUGAUCCAUCAAAGCGAAACGCUGGGAUAUAGAUGCGUGGUUUUUAACAAUCGGGGAAUUGCUGGUGAGGAUCUUUUGACACCAAGGACUUACUGUGCAGCUAACACGGAGGAUUUAGAGGCCGUUAUUCAUCACGUACACAGCCUGCACCCCUCAGCUCCAUUCAUGGCAGCCGGUGUCUCUAUGGGAGGCAUGCUUCUUUUAAAUUACCUGGGCAAAACUGGCAGAGACACUCCUUUAAUGGCAGCUGCAAUUUUCUCUGCGGGUUGGAAUGUUUUUGAAUCUGUAGAAUCUCUGGAGAAGCCACUAAACUGGCUUCUUUUCAACUAUUACUUGACUACUUGUCUACAAUCCUCUAUCAGCAGGCAUCGACAAAUGUUGGAGAAAUUAUUUGAUAUGGAUCUUGUGAUGAAGGCCCCUUUUAGGUACUGGAAGGCUGCUCUAAGGUCUCCCCGGAGCCUUCUCUUCUCCAGGCUGAACAUCCCCAACUCUCUCAGCCUGUCCUCACAGGAGAGGUGCUCCAGCCCUCUGAUCAUCCUCGUGGCCCUCCUCUGGACCCACUCCAACAGGUCCAUGUCCUUCUCGUGCCGAGGACUGCAGAGCUGGACACAGUACUCCAGCUAUACCAGUAGAAACUGCCAAACAAAAUGCCAACGUUGCUUUGGUCCUGACUUCAUGCGGAGGCCAUAUUGGUUUUCUGGAAGGAAUAUGGCCAAGGAAGUGCACUUACAUGGACAGAGUCUUCAAGCAGUUCGUGCAAGCUAUGUUCGAGCAUGGAAACAAAAUCUUUAGCAUGUAGCUUUGGACCACUAUUAUAGCACAGUGGCACGUUCUGACAAGGGCAGUUAAGCUUAAUGCACAAAUUUUAACUCCUGUAAGCCAGCAAAUGGAUAAAGUCCAUUACUACAUGCAAAAAUAUUUUUUGCCUAAGAUUUUGUAGCAAGAAACUAAAUAUUACGUUGUCACUUUUAUAUUUAUUUUUAAUAUGCCUUACUAAGAAUGACCUUAAAUGAAACAGCAUUCUGCAUACAUCAAAUUGCACUUAACUAAAACCAUCAAGUAAAGAGAUUAUCAUUCCUCAGGAUUUUAAUUUAAACCAGUACAUAUUUAGGAGACUUAAUUUAGAUUGCUCUUAAUAUUAGAAUGGCAACCCUCAAAA